GCAGUACCGACUGACCGACCGACCCGACACGGCCAGAGCCACGGGGUCACCGGACUGACGGCCACACCAGUGCUGUAUGGGACCGCGACUGUCAUAGGUGACUGCGACACAUAGGUGGCUGCAGUGGGACACUGGCCGGCGGUUCGAGAGCGCGCUCAGUUUCUGGAGCGGCGGAGACCGACGUGUGACCUGUCGGAGUUGCUGACCGCCUGGGGGGCUGUGCGUGCUGCCGUGAGGUGACUGGGGUGGUGCUGAGCGUCCAUCCGAGCUGAGCGGGCGGUGGUCGCGCCGUGGGUGGUGUGUGUGCGUGUCGCCGGGGAUGCCGGCCGCCGGCUGAGAUGUCUGUCGGCGCCGCGCCGGCCGCUAUGCGCUGCUGCCGCCACGUGCUGUUGCUCUGGCUGCUGGCGGCCGACGCGCUGGCGUGCGCGCCCGGCCGCGGACACUACCGGCGCCGGUCGCCGCGCAAACUCACGCCGCUCGUCUACAAACAGCACGUGCCAAAUGUGAGCGAGAAUACACUGGGCGCCUCGGGACUGGCCGAGGGCGCUAUAUCACGGCAGGACCCCCGGUUCCGUGAGCUGGUGCCCAACUACAGCGAGGACGUCAUCUUCAAAGACGAGGAGGGUACCGGCGCCGACCGGCUGAUGACACAGCGCGGCAAGGAGAAGCUGAACACGCUGGCGAUCUCGGUGAUGAACCAGUGGCCCGGUGUGCGGCUGCGGGUCACAGAGGGCUGGGACGAGAGCGGCCUGCACGCGCCCAACUCGCUGCACUACGAGGGCCGCGCCGUCGACAUCACCACGUCGGACCGCGACCGCAGCAAGUACGGCAUGCUGGCGCGGCUCGCCGUCGAGGUCGGCUUCGACUGGGUCUACUUCGAGUCGCGCUCGCACAUUCACUGCUCAGUCAAGUCAGAGUCGGUGACGCGCGGCCGGCACGGCGGCUGCUUCUCGGCCGACACGGAGGCGGUGCUGGCCGACGGCCGGCGGCGGCGGUUCGACCAGCUGCGCCGCGGAGACGUGGUGCUGGCUGUGGACGAGAGCGGCGCCCUGGUGGAGAGCGAGGUGAUCCUGUGGCUGGACCGCGAUCCGGCCGAGCGGCGACUCUUCUACCGGCUGAGCACGGCUGCCGGCCGCCGGCUGACCGUCACUCCCGGCCACCUGCUCUACGUGCUGGACGCCGAGAGCGCAGCGGCCGGCAACCACAGCGCCCACAGCGCCCGGAUCACGUUCGUCAAGCACGUCAUCGAGGGCGACUACGUGCUGGUGGCAGGCGCGGCCGGCGCGGUGACGGCCGAGCGCGUCACCGCCGUGGACCUUGUGCACGAGAGUGGCGUGUUCGCGCCCCUGACGCGGCACGGCACGCUGCUCGCUAACGGCGUGCUCGCCUCGUGCUACGCCAUGGUGGACGACCAGCGGACGGCGCACGCUGCCUUCCUGCCCGUCCGCUGGGCCGUUAAUGUGCGCGAGCUCACGCUGCACAUGUUGGAACACUUUGGUGUGCGCGCUGCGGCGGCGGCGGCAGCGGCACGGUCGGCCGCCAGCGAGCCCACCUCGGGCGUGCACUGGUACGCCAGCUUUCUGUACGCGCUCUCCGACUAUGUUUUGCCCCGUGAUAUGAUGCUAAACUAGGCGGCGGCGGCGGCCGCGCGGGCGCAGUGCCACCGGACAGGGACCGAGUCGCUGCAGCCGCCGCUCAGCUGUGCAUAGUGUACUUAUCGAUGUGAAAAUAGCCGUCAUGUGACGCGUUGUUGAGCUGCUGUGCAUCCGUUGGUCGUUAAAUGCGAGUCCGUCGAGAGCUCGCGCGUUAAUUGUUGCUGCGAAAGUGCUUCACAUACCUAUAAGUGUGCAUGGGCGAGCGUAAGUUUGCUGAGUGUCGCAUGACGGUGCCACAUUUUAUCAUUAACUCAUCCAGAAUGGGAGCUAUUUAUUUGCUGACGGUGACGUGACCGAUGGCGGCCGUGUACCGCCCAGCUGCGCGUUCUACCGGCUGCAGCCGCGCCUGUGCCACUGUGACCCGAUCGCCUGACGCUGCCGGGCCGAGUCGGGGAUCCUGAGUCCGCACUGUGCUGUCGGCGGAGUCCGCUAUGUGUCGCCGCUUGGUGUUGAGCGUAGCCGGAGCACCCGCCGCUAACGGCGAAUCCUGACCGAGCGAAAUAGACGUGUGACAAUCUGCU